UUCAGGGAAAUCAAGAAAAGGAAGGGUUUUCGAUUCGUGUUCGUUGAAGAAAAUGGAGGCGUUCAGUGGAUGCUAUGUAGACGAGAAGGCGAUUAGAGUGGAGAACAUUUUCCUGGAUUUCCUCAAGAGUUUCAGGUUGGAUCCGCGAAUGGCGGAGUCGCAUUACGAGGCGGAGAUACAGGCGAUGGAAGCGAACGGGUCUAGCACCAUGUACAUCGAUUUCUCGCACGUCAUGCUCUACAAUGACGUUCUCCAGAAGGCAAUCGCUGAUGAGUAUUUGAGAUUCGAGCCGUACUUGAAGAAUGCGUGCAAGAGGUUCGUGAUGGAGCAGAAGCCUACGCUUAUUGCGGAGGCAGAUGAUAACCCAAACAAGGACAUCAAUGUCGCCUUCUUUAAUAUUCCCUUCACCAAGCGCUUGAGAGAAUUAACCACUGCCGAAAUUGGGAAGCUAGUAUCAGUCACGGGAGUAGUCACACGAACGAGCGAAGUCAGACCCGAGCUUCUCCAAGGAACAUUCAAGUGUUUGGACUGCGGAAGUGUUGUCAAGAAUAUCGAACAGCAAUUCAAGUACACUGAGCCAACAACAUGUGUGAGUGCAACAUGUUUAAAUAGAACAAGAUGGGCAUUGCUUCGACAAGACAGCAAGUUUACAGAUUGGCAGAGGGUAAGAAUGCAGGAGACUUCUAAGGAAAUUCCUGCUGGCUCCUUACCUAGAUCAUUGGAUGUUAUUCUUCGCCAUGAGAUUGUGGAAUUGGCUAGAGCAGGCGAUGCUGUCUUGUUCACUGGUACGGUGGUUGUGAUACCGGACAUAUUGGCACUGGCUUCUCCUGGUGAAAGAGCAGAAUGCCGCCGAGAAGCUUCUCAGCGCAAGAGUUCAACUGCUGGACAAGAAGGUGUGAGAGGUCUUCGUGCAUUGGGAGUCAGAGACUUAUCUUAUCGUUUAGCCUUCAUUGCUAAUUCAGUUCAGGUUAUUGACGGUAGAAAGGAUGUUGACAUCAGAAAUAGGAAAAAGGCCGGUGAUGAAGAUGACCAACAGUUCACAUCGGAGGAGCUUACAGAGAUUCAACGAAUGAGAGAUACUCCUGAUUUCUUCAAUAAGCUUGUUGAUAGCAUUGCACCAACAGUUUUUGGUCACCAAGAUAUCAAGCGAGCAAUCUUGCUCAUGCUUUUGGGUGGCGUCCACAAGCUUACUCAUGAAGGCAUCAAUCUCAGAGGAGACAUAAAUGUGUGUAUAGUUGGGGAUCCCAGCUGUGCAAAGUCCCAGUUUCUCAAAUACACAUCAGGUAUUGUUCCCAGAUCGGUCUAUACAUCUGGCAAAUCCUCUUCUGCUGCUGGAUUGACAGCGACUGUGGCCAAAGAACCAGAAACUGGUGAAUUCUGUAUUGAGGCAGGUGCUCUAAUGCUGGCAGACAAUGGCAUAUGUUGCAUUGAUGAAUUUGACAAGAUGGAUGUCAGAGAUCAGGUUGCAAUUCAUGAAGCCAUGGAACAACAGACCAUAAGCAUUACUAAAGCCGGAAUACAGGCAACACUAAAUGCCCGGACAUCAAUUCUAGCUGCAGCUAAUCCUACUGGAGGGCGCUAUGAUAAGUCUAAACCACUCAAGUAUAAUGUUGCUCUCCCUCCAGCUAUCCUUUCUAGGUUUGAUCUGGUAUAUGUCAUGAUUGAUGAUCCGGAUGAUCAAACUGAUUACCAUAUUGCUCAUCAUAUUGUGAGAGUUCACCAGAAGCGUGAAGAAGCACUUCAUCCUGCUUUCACCACUGCACAACUGAAACGAUAUAUUACAUAUGCAAAAACUUUAAAACCAAAGCUAACCUCUGAAGCAAGAAAACUCUUGGUUGAGUCUUAUGUUGCGCUCAGACGAGGUGAUACAACUCCUGGAAGCAGAGUUGCAUACCGUAUGACAGUUAGGCAGUUGGAGGCCUUAGUCAGGUUGUCUGAGGCCAUUGCUCGGAGUUAUUUGGAAACUCAGGUGCACCCGCGGCAUGUUCGUGUAGCCGUGAGAUUACUGAAAACAUCUAUAAUUAGUGUGGAGUCCACCGAGAUUGAUUUGUCAGAAUUUCAAGAAGUAAACACUAAUGGUUCUGAUGAUAGAACCAAUAAUUCUGGUGAAGGUGAUACUCAACCAGCUUCUGAAAGCGCCGAUACUACCAAUCAACAAAAGGAGGAAUUCAUGGUAAAGGAGGAUUAUUUUCAGAGGGUUACUCAGGCCCUUGUCAUGCGCCUUAGGCAGCAUGAAGAAGCUGUAAGGCAACAAGAGAGUGGCAUGGCUGGAAUGAGUCAAGGAGAUUUAAUCCAGUGGUAUGUGAAUCAGCAGAAUGAAAAAAACAACUACAGCUCAACUGCAGAAGUAGAAACAGAAAUUAAACGAAUUAGAUCACUUAUUGAGAGAUUGAUUAAGAGGGAAGGGCACUUGAUUGUGAUAGAUGAUGGCAGGCAAGAAGCGGGUGAAGGUGCAGCAGCAGCACGAUCAGCUAGAGAUAGCAGGAUUUUAGCUGUAGCUCCCAAUUAUGCCAUGGAUUAAUGGGACUGAAAUCUCUUCACAAGAAUGAAUUAUGGGCUCUGCUUGCAUGUUUGGAAGAUGGGUAUGUGGACUAAAAAAUGUGAAUGUAGUGUAGGGCUUUCUUUGCUUCACCGAGUGUCUGGUUGGUUGUAUUUUACAUUAAAUUCUGUAUUAUAUCGGUGUUUAGGUAGGC